AUGGCGACCUCGUCGAGCGAGGCUGCAUCCUCCUCCCAGCUCUCCCGACCCAGCUCCUCCCAUGUCCAGAAUCCCGACAACAAUGCCGAUUCCAUCGACUCUGCUGCCUCGGUGCCCGUCGAGACCCUCGUCGAACACCUGCUCCAAGCCAAACGCUCCCUCUCUUCCAUGAACCUGGUCCUGCGCGCCAACGAGCUCACCACCCAUGCCCGCCGCCUGCACGAGGAGUCGGCCGUCCUCGGCGCGCAGACCACUUUCAUCCGCUCCGGCGUCGAUUCACAGAUGCGCGUUCUACUUCGGAUCAGGAAAAGCCUGCUGCGGGCCUACGACGGCGGUAAGCGCGACUUCAAGGGGGUCAUCCGCGCGCUGGAUGCAGCCAACGGACGACUGGAGAAGACGAUCGAGAUGCUGCGGGACACAAUCGUCGAACCGUCCUUCCGGCCUGCCGGAGAAGAAGGACCGAAGAACCUGAUGGAUUUUGUCGAUGAGAACAGCGUUGAUCAGAUGCGGAAUGCGUUGAAGGAUAGCAUUGGCGAGCUGCAGGCAGCUCAGCGAUCAUUCGACGGCGAUCUCCUCCGCUUCGAGACCGAGCUCCGCACGCUCAACAAGACCAUGUCAUCCGCCCCCUCUCCUCCCUCGCCAUCGGCGUCCUCAUCAAUCCAGCCCAUGCCCUCCCUGCUCGCCUCCCUGACCGAACACUCUCACGCCAUGGCCGAACACCUCGCCUCCCUGACCCGCCACUUUGAUAUGUGCGUUACCGCCGUCCGCAUCACCGAAGGCGGGGCAGCCCUCGCCCGCCGCAAGGCCGCCGCCGAGCAGCACCUCGACGAGGCCUCGGCGACGGCGCCCGACCCGGUCUCCAUCUCGGGCGUCAUCGCCGAGCAGGAGUCGGACGUCGCCGACCUCGAGCCCCUGACGCCCGAGGAGCGCGCCGAGAUCAUGCACAUCGUCACCAACGACGCCGCCGAGGUCGACGAGGUCGUCGCCGACAUCGAGACGGCCCUGCAGCUCAUGGAGUCCGACUUUACCGUCCUGUCGUCGCAGGCCGCGCGGGCCCGCGCCGCCUACGCCGCGUCGGCCGCCGCCUUCCGCGUGCUCGACGACGUCGGCUCGCGCCUGCCGAGCUACGUCGCCGCCGAGGCCGAGUUCCUCGAGCGCUGGGACAACGAGAAGGCCGUCAUCGCGGGCCGGCUCGACGAGAUGGAGGAGCUGGGCCGGUUCUACGAGGGCUACGCCAACGCCUACGACACGCUGAUCCUCGAGGCCGAGAGGCGGCGGGCCGUCGAGGAGCGCGUCGAGGGCAUCUGGCGCAAGGCGCGCGAGGGCGUGGCGCGGCUCGUCGAGGCGGACCGCAAGGAGCGCGACGUCUUCCAGGAGGAGAUUGGGGAGUACCUGCCUACCGACCUCUGGGCCGGCAUGAGCGAGCCGCUGCGCCGGUGGGAUGUCGUGCCUGUGGAUGAGAGUGGUGGUACUUCCGCGCCCGAGGGAGGCGGAGGCGGAGGCGGAGCGGGCGAGAGCCAGCUGAAGAGCUCGAGUCUCAGCAGGGGUGGGAGCACGACGCCGGUCCUUGAUCGGAGCGUGGUGGAGGCUGCGAAGGAGAGGCUGAGCCGGGUGAGUGGCAGCACUGGUAGGUGA